AUGCCAUCGACUGCUGUUCAUUCUUACGACGCGUUCGAUGCGCUGUUAACAGAAAUAGUGAAUUAUGCGUCUGAGAGUACAGCAAACUCCAUCGACUCGCCUACCUUGUGUGAACAGUUUCUGGAUUCCAUAGGAUUUACCGUCAGUCAGCGUCUGAUUGAACGGACAACAAAAGAUCACAGCCGCUUCGCUAAUGAGCUUGACGUAGUAAAGUAUGUCUGUACUGAAUUUUGGGGGUCAGUGUUUCACAAACAGGUGGACACAUUGAAAACGAAUUACCAGGCAAGUGAACUGAUUCUAGUUACAUUAUUCCUUAUUGUAGGAUAUGUACGUUCUUUUUGUAUCCGAAUUCUGUUUAUUGGAACGAAUUGCCCGUGGCUCUCAGUAUCAAAAAGAUGUGGCAAAAGUAAGAACGCCAUGCAUAGUGAUAUUUUACCCCACGAUCAACACAGUACUUGGCUUUUCCCACAGGACUGCUUCGUGGCGCGUUAUGCAGCCUUGGACUUAAAUGUACAGUGA